CAUUUGCGAAAACAUCAACCCAAAUGUCUGGCCGCCAAAAGCACCUCCAGAGCCUCCAAAACAAUCCUCCUUCCCUGCUCGCUGCUCAUCGCAUCCUCCCACCACAAUCGCACCUGUCUAGUUUUCCUCCCUUCACCAAGCCAACUGAUUUUCCUGCUGGCCCCUCGCAGCUAUGGGGACCCGUCACGCCAUUCUCCUCUCAGCACUCGCUCUCCUAGCCCUGGCGGCCGUGGCGGACGCGCAGUGCUCGUCGACGUUCGAGAGCUGCGACUUCUUCUUCCAGGGCUUCCGCGCCAAGCCGCCCAUGUUCGUGCUGUCGAAGCGCCAGGUCAACCAGCUGCUCAGCCCGCCCAUCCUGCACAGGAAGGGGUGGCCCGUGAUCACCGCCAACAAUAACGGCAACCGCAGCUGCCAGGUGGGCCCCAAGUGCAGUCCGACGUUCUUCUUCCGCAACGUCCGCCCCGGCCCGCUCUACGUCAACCGCGCCAACCGCCUUGCCGCGCACCCCAUCACGCCCGAAAACAUGCCCCAAUACCAGGGGGCGUGCAUCCUGCUGUACAUGGACAACCUGCAGAUCAACCAGAUGGGCUGGCUCAACCCCAACGAUAACAAGAAGGGCUUCCCCGAGGACCGUCGGUGCGUUGUGUAUUACACGAGGGUCGGGAGGAAGUAGCGACGGCCUACCUUGGAAGUGGCUGGGAAAUAAGUCGUGGGUGCUUGGCCGCAACUGAUGCUCGUAUACUCUAGUGAAGCUUUUUUUUUAUUUAGUGAUUUGGUAGGGUUAGAGGAGGAUUGUUUACACGGAAUAAACGCGUUUGGUGGCUUAGCCAUAAGGCAAGUAGGACGUGAUGUGAGCAGUAUUUUUCAAGAC